ACUACCCCCCACCUACUUCUUCUAAAUACAAGCACAACCACCCGACACACUUCAAACCAAGAUUCCUGCCCCGUCCUCCGCCGUUUCUUGCAUCCGGUUCAAGAUUUCGAACUGCUCGCGAAUCCUUCCCCCUCCCCGAGAACCCCCUCCGAUCCCGCCGCCCAGAAGAAUCUGUAAUUUCUUCCUUAUUCCCGUGGUUCGCAUCCUGUUCGAUCCCCGGUUCAGUCGGUGAAAAAACCCGGAUCGAAUUGGCGGCCGGAGGAGGGCAGGCAGACGGUUGCAAGAUUCGGUUUUUGGCGGCUGUUCGAGCUCUUGACGGAGUUUGGCCAGCUGGGCUCUCUCUCGGUGGGAAAGGUAAUUUUGCGGGGAGAUGGGGCCAGACAUGAUAGAAAAGGAUGGAGGGUAGGAAGGGGAGGGGGAAAUUCAGGAAGUUUGUCGGGCGAAUGGCGAUGGAGUGCUUGUGCUCUGGUGAGCAGCUGAAAGGGGCUGAUGAGACCGUCCGGUCAUCGGACUCUACAAUCACAAAAGACUACUCGGCCAGCGGGUACUCUUCUCGGAAUGGAGAGAUUGAGCAGUACCUUGAUAAUGGCAACAUAGAGGAAGCCGAGCUGUCACUCCGGGAGGGCGUUUGCCUUAACUAUGAGGAAGCAAGGGCGUUGCUAGGAAGGCUAGAAUAUCAACGGGGCCAUGUAGAAGCAGCACUUCGUGUGUUUGAUGGGAUAGACAUAUCUUCAUUAGUCCCUAAGAUGAAUGUCUCAAUUGCUAGAAAAGCAGAUCGUCGAAAGACUCGUUCGCAGUGGGAUUCUCCACCAAUGCCCUUGCAUGCUGUCAGCCUACUCAUGGAGGCCAUAUAUCUCAAAGCACGGGCACUUCAUGAUCUUGGAAAGUUCAAAGAAGCUGCACAAGAAUGCAGAAUGGUACUAGAUAUUGUGGAAGCAGCAAUACCCGAGGGCUUACCAGCAGGCUUUGGAAAAGGAUGUAAAUUGAAUGAAACAAUAUGCAAGGCUGUAGAAUUGCUUCCUGAGCUAUGGAAAUUAGGGGGAUUUCCACUUGAAGCCAUUUCUUCAUACAGGAGGUCUCUUCUCAACAAUUGGAAUCUUGAUGGAGAGACCAUUGCUAGAAUACAAAAGAGAUUUGCUGUUUUUCUCCUAUAUAGUGGUAGUGAAGCACGUCCUCCAAAUCUUCAUUCUCAGUUGGAUGGUUCAUUUGUACCUCACAACAACAUAGAGGAGGCUAUUCUUCUUUUAAUGAUUCUAUUGAGGAAGUUCAAUCUCAAGAGGGUUGAGCGGGACCCCUCUGUGAUGCAUCACCUUACUUUUGCACUGUCCAUGUCAGGGCAGCUAAAUCCACUGGCUGGACAAUUUGAAGAAUUAUUACCUGGUGUAUUAGAGACAAAAGAAUGGUUAUACAAUGUUGCAUUGUGUUACCUAGCAGAAGAAGAUGAUCUGAGCGCCUUGAACCUACUCAAAAGAAUACUGAAGUCCGGAGAGGAUUCUGAUCAUCUCAAAGAACUACUCCUAGCUUCAAAGGUUUGCGUUGAGAUGAGUGCUCAUACUGAAGGCGCUUCCUAUGCACGGAGAGCCAUCGCCAGUAUGCAAGGAGGAUGCGAACAAAUGGUGGGAGUUGCAGAACUAUUGCUUGGCGUUACCCUUUCUAAUCAAGCUAGAAGUGAAAUAUCUGAUACAGAUAGAGCUUAUUGGCAGUGUGAAGCACUGGAAGUGCUUGGGAAUGCUGAAAAAAAGAUGCAUGGGAAAGAUUCUAGGGUAAUGUACAGUCUCAGCCUUGAAAAUGCUGAGCAGAGGAAAUUAGAUGUUGCAGCUUUUUAUUGCAAGAAGCUGGUGAAACUAGAGGCUGGAUCAGAGUUGAGGAGUUGGCUUCUUUUGGCUCGAAUACUGACUGCUCAAAAGCAGUUUGCCGAUGCUGAAACAAUUGUUGAUGCUGCUCUAUAUCAGACUGGGAAAUGGAGUCAAGGAGAUCUAUUGCGGACCAAAGCCAGAAUUCAGGCUGCACAGGGGCAAAUCAGGGAUGCAGUUGAAACAUACACCCAACUUCUUGCUAUCAUUCAACUUCUAACAAAAAGUUUCAGUGCUGGGAUCUACCUGGUGAAGGGCAAUAAGGAUGACAAAAGCCUGGAAAUAGAGACCUGGUAUGAUCUAGCUCUCUUGUAUCUAGCUAUGGCACAGUGGAGGGAUGCAGAGGUUUGUGUAUCGAAGAUAAGAGCCAUCAGUCCUUAUUGUGCCUUGGCUUGGCAUGCUACAGGAAAAAUAUAUGAAGCAAAAGGUCUUACAAAAGAAGCUUUGGGAGCUUUUUUCAGAGCAGUGGACCUUGAUCCUAAACAUGUCCCAAGUUUGGUAUCGACUGCUAUUGUUCUUCGACAACUUGGUGACAGGCCAUUACCUUCUGUAAGGUGCUUCCUGACCGAUGCAUUGCAACUGGAUAGAACUAAUCACGUGGCUUGGUUUAAUCUUGGCCUACUUUACAAAGAGGAAGGUGGCAGGUCAGCAGCUGAAGCUGCUGAAUGUUUUCAAGCCGCUGCUCUUCUUGAAGAAACAGCACCUGUAGAGCCUUUCAGAUGACAUUGAUAUGCACAGGGUGUCAGGGGCUAUAUAAAUUAUAUUUUCUGUAACUAAGUGACCCUACUUAAUCUUGUGAUCUGAGUUUCUGGCAUGAUAAUGCCAAAUACUUGAGUUAUGGCAGCCGUUCUGAGUCCACACUGCACCUGUUUGUCAAGCAUUGAAGUUAUACCAUCUUCUGUUGUUACAGUAUUGUAUAGACUUUUUCUGAGGCCUUCUCCAUGGAAACCCUUUACUAUUGUCAUGCUGCAGUUUAGCUAGUAGCAACAAUUAAUGCUAGCAGAUAUUAGUCUCUGUUCAUGCACUGGUGAGAUGGUAUGCUAGCAACUGCAAUUAAAUUAUGUCACAAUCUUCUGCCGGUGGUUCUGCCCAAGUCUGAUGGGCAUUUGUUGACAUGUUCUUUUCAAUCAAUCUAGCAAUGAUAAAUUCAAGGAUCCCCACCCAUGUUUGUCCGGUAAGCAACCUAUGCGCACAUGUUCUUUAUCCUAUGUCUUUCAUAAUAGGUUUUGAGUUUUGAGGUUAUCUUGCAGAGUUUUGACUAUGCAGUUCAGUGUUGGCUACUCUUGUCUAAAAAAAAGUGCUGAUUACUUAUAGAACGCUGGUAUGAAAAACUUUCCCUACUUUAUUUCAAUUAGUUUAACCACAAGAUCUGAAAAGAUUUAGACCCUCCAACUAGUUUUAGCUCAGACUCUCAUCAAAUGACCGAAUUCUUGCAUUUUUUUUGUGUUUCCAGUUUACCGUGUUCUAGCAUUACAAAUGUACAUGUACUUUAUUUUUUUGGGAAAAAUCCAUAAACCACCGAUGAGUUACUGGCCUUCUCUACUCCCCAAGCCCAUUGUUGUUUAUUUUCACCCCCAUAUCGUUAAUUAUGGGAGGUUUAUGGGUUUCCCCCUUAUCUUUUCUAAUCUGCAUUGUGCAUUGACUUAAUUUUGUUGGCCGUGCAGGUAAUUACAUCCGCAAGGCUCCACCAUGGAAAUCUUGAGUUGCAACUAUCGAACAAGUAAGUCUUCUGUAGGUAGGAUGCUAAAUCAGGGUUCUCAGUACAAAUUUUAAGAGCUUUGAGGGGGGUUUAUCCUCUAUGCAAAUCGGAAGGCAGAUGGCCCAACCUUGUUCCUAGAUUUUUUUUUUCGUGAAGGCAUUGAUUUUGUGCAUAAGUGUCCAGUCAAUCCUCAUGAGUGAGCUGUUCUAGAGUUAUUUUAUGACAAGCAACCCUUCCAGAUUUGCCA